ACAAUUGUGAAACGUUUUAGWGAAAAAAUAUUUCGUUUGUGAAGAUUCAAGUGAAGAUGCCUUACUCUUUGAAACAGCUAGAUCAACGCUAUCAAGAUGUUUGUAAUAACGUACAAGAUGCUAAGGAAUACACACUACAGCAUUUGAAGACUACUAUUGAGAUCGAUCUUCAGGAUUUUUUCGAUGAUCUUCAUGCCAAGAACCUGGAGGAAUGUGAAACUGAGUUUGAGUUGAUUGAAGAAACCAUUYGUCAGUGUMGGGUGGCCAUUAGAAAUGAGAAAUCUCRACGCAUGCUGCAAGAUGAAAUUCAUAAGACGACUAACAAAGCCACCGAAAAGAUUGUGCAGAAACAUGCAUUCAAGCUUACAAGGAGAAAGAUGCGUUUACAAAAAGCAACGCCAUAUCCAA